AUGAAAGAGAAGCUUGCGUUCAUCGCCGCCUUGCCGGCCUUCGUGGCCUGCGCAGAUCCUGGAGUGGUUCUAUCGAGCGGCGUUUCACAAGACCCCAUCGAUCUGUCGUUCCCUCCUGUGCAAGAAAAACCAAAUCACAGUGCAGUAGCAUAUGAACAUGUGGGCGCUCAUGGCAUCAACGGAUCCCAGGGAUUUAGACUCAAGGUGUUGCAUGUCUUCGUAGCACUGGCAGGCGUGAUGGCGCUGUUGUUCCUCGUCAUGCAUUGUUUUAGCAAGCUCAGGGGCCAUGAAUUGACCAGCCGCAAGCUUGCGUUUGGGGGUUCUUGCGGGCCAGACGAAGAGGAGAGUGCAGCAGGCGGCGCAUCAGGCAAAAGGACUGGAGGUGAAGGUGGAAAUUCUGCUACCUCAGGACAAGGUCCACAUCCUCCUCAAAGCAGUAGAGAGACACCAGAACCUUUCCCACGGAGUGAUGGGGACCAGCCCAGAAAGCCGAUGCCAUCGCCUGCGCUGAGUCCACAGCCCUGGACUUCGAGCUUUGGAAAUCCACCAAAAAGACAUCGUUCAGCUUUCAUACAAGCGCCUACCCCCUGGACUGGGGGCCCAAAGACUCCUCAAAAGGUUUCCUUUAAAAUUCGAGAACCCCCUUCACCCUCAAUUCCAAUGGAUGUCGACGAAGGACGGGGAGAGCCGGACGACACCGAGGUCCCAAUGGAUGUUGAUGAAACGCCUUUGCAACAGCCGCCAACCCCAACGCCUGUGCAACAGCCGCCAACCCCAACGCCUGUGCAACAGCCGCCAACCCCAACGCCUGUGCAACGACCGCCAACCCCAACGCCGGUGCAACAGCCGCCAACCCCAACACCUGUGCAACAGCCGCCAACCCAAACGCCUGUGCAACAGCCGCCUACCCAAACGCCUUUGCAACAGCCGCCAACCCAAACGCCUUUGCAACAGCCGGCAACCCCUUCUUCUCCUGCGCCACAGGUGCAAUUGCCUAGGCAGAAGUUGCCUCCCAGUAACAAACCAAGGCUGCCUAAGCCUCCACCACCUCCCAGGAGUUCAUCCCUGCCUUCACCUCAGGGACCAGCCGGACAUUUACCCAGUCCUGGGGCAAAAUCACCACAAUUACCCUGCCGUUGGCCACCUGUACAGGCAUCAGCAUAUUCAUCGCCGUCAUCUGGAACGUUUCCGCCCCCACCGUCGUCUCCUAUCCCACCCUCAUUCCCUACGCCGCAAGAUCGACCAGAAUCGCCCCUCGAUUUACCCCCAUUCCCAUCUUCCACUUCAUCAGGACAAAGCCCGCCACCGUCGCCUACAGAUUUCCCGCCUCCGCCGCCAUUUGUCCUGGGAGGAGAUCCGUCAGCACCGUCUCCAGAUUACAUCUCCUCAACUUUACAUUCUCCUCCUUCAGCGCAAGCUCCGUCGUCAUCUUCCAUAAGUUCACAAGAUUCACAGAUUCCUCCCGCACCGCCGCUGCCUCCGCCAUACACUCCACCAUCAUCUUCCUCACGUCCAUCGGUUCCUCCCGCAUCGCCGCUGCCUCCGCCAUACACUCCACCAUCAUCUUCCUCACGUCCAUCGGUUCCUCCCGCACCGCAGCUGCCUCCGCCAUACACUCCACCAUCAUCUUCCUCACGUCCAUCGAUUCCUCCGCCGCCGUUACCUUCAUCACAAACUCCACCAUCAUCUUCCUCACCACUGAUUCCUCCCGCACCGCCGUUGCCUUCAUCAGAGACUCCAACAUCAACGUCCUCGCGUUCUGGUGCUAAUUUCCCACCGCGGCAUCCAUCACAGACUCCGCCCUCAUCGUCCUCACGUUUGGUACCACCACAUGGGCCGUCAUACCCAACAAGUGGUGGUCAGGGCUCGUCACCGGAGAAGGUAACUCCACCAAAUUCCGAUGCUUUAAGGGAGGAACUGCUUCAAGCGCUGGGCCAAAUGAACAGAGGGGGUAAUCGUUUUCCUCGCGUUGGCGCAGGUGGCGAGCGAGCUCGUCGCCGGCUAGGAAGUACACAACAAAGAGAUGAAGGGCCAUUUUCGCCCUCUUCGGGCGUUUUCCCACUGUGGAAAACACCGAGCCCUGGCACAGACACACCAAGUCUCAGCACCCCACCUCCUGCACCAAAACAGAAUCAGCAACGAAAAAUUUUUGGACCUCGCGGCCCAUCAGGUGUUGAUGUAGGGAGCCUACGCGUGCGCCUCUUUGGAGGCCCUAAACCACCUGAAGGAGUGCGUCCACAAGGUGGUUCAUCUGGAUCGCGCAGCCCUUCUGCAACCCAGACGCACAGUCCAUCCUCAAGUCCACGACCUGGACCUUCCCAACACAACGGACGCAGCCCUUCCCCACACCCCGGGAAAGGCAAUGUUUCACGUCCCUCCGGAAGUUCUCCGGGGAGGCACGCGCAGAGCCCGUCUCCUCGUCCCCAAUCUCAGGGAUUUCCUAGACGCACCAACUCUAUGCGCGUCAGGUAUGGUCCUUCCCCAGGCCCCCUUUCUGCUUGGCUUCGCGGUAGCCAAGAAGGUGGGUUUCCCCAGCGUACGUUUUCUCUACGUUUGGGCGAUUCUUCCAGUGGCCUUGGCAUUUUCCGCCUAGCUCCCCCAGGCUCGCCUAACAACCAGCCAAGCCCUUUCCUGAAUGCGCAGCCCAGGUCUUCUCAAAGCCCGCAACCUAGCACUUCUACGCAAUCCGGACCCCAACCUUGGUCACGGCCUGGACUUCCCCCAAAACCCAAGGGCGGAACAAGACAUACAGGUUUUCCGGGAUCAGGAUCUUCCUCUCCUCCAGAAAGAGGCCAGGACGACGAGGAUGACGGCGGGUUUGAUAUCUAG